CAAGAAUUUAAGGUCACCCACAGAACCAACAGUCGUUUUUCUCGGUCUCUCCGGGAACAAAAGAGCAUUAAUGCGUGCGUGGCACAAAGUCUUUUGCAAUAGCUGUGCCCGUAGACGCCUAUCCAGCAACAUUUGUGGAAGUCUCCAUUACACGUCACCGCCCCGCACAUCUCGACUCGACGGGCCUUUUGUUUUCGAUCAAUCAUGCUGCAUGUCCGUGUGUGUUCAUUCACACAUCCGUGUGUGUAGUGUUCAGAUCUCAUGGCUGCGUGGCGCACGCACGCAACUGCUGGCUUUUUUUGUAUCACUGUCUUUUCGUGACUCAAUCAUAAAGAGGACAGUGGGAGUUUAACUGAAUAAAGGAGCAAGGAGAGAGAGAGAGAAACUGAGAAACAGAGAGUGAGAGGGAGCGAAUCGAUGUAGCCAUACAGGCUGCGGAGUGUUUAUGUAUUUGUGCUGGCUCCCCUUUUUCUUUCUUUCUUAUUAUUUGUCAACUGAUUUUCCAAAAUGAGGUUAAAAGUUGGAUUCAUCCUUCGAAGUUUACUGGUCAUCGGCACGUUUUUGGGGCUGGUUUUGCUUUGGUCUUCGCUGACACCGAAUGGAGUCGACGAUAACCCGUUUGCUGGCGUACUGGCAGGACGAGAUGCAGAUAAACUCUUGCAGCCCAACCUUCCCAACAAUGACAUGGCUGACCAGUUCAAGCCGGUUGUUCCUUGGCCCCACGUCGAAGGAGUUGAGGUCGAUCUAGAGUCUAUCCGCCAGAAAAAUGUUGACAAGCCAAACCCUGCAUUCAAAGCCCAGAACCAGCAGAAUGUCAUCCAGAAGCAAUAUAUCACCUUCAAGCCUCACACCAAUAUGUUUAGUGAACCUGUGUUGAAGAAAGGAGUUCUGGGCAACUUUGAGCCUAAGGAACCUGAGCCUCAGGGGGUCCAGGGUGGACCGGGAGAGGGCAGCAAAGCAUUCGUACUGGGACCGGAGUACAAAGAUUCUGUUCAGGCCAGCAUCAAGGAAUUCGGUUUUAAUAUGGUAGCCAGUGACAUGAUUUCUCUGGAUCGAACCGUUGGCGACUUGCGACAUGAAGAGUGUAAAUACUGGCACUAUGAUGAAAACCUCCUCACCUCCAGCGUGAUCAUUGUCUUCCAUAAUGAGGGCUGGUCCACCCUGAUGAGGACGGUGCACAGCGUCAUCAAAAGAACCCCAAGGAAAUACCUGGCUGAGAUUGUCAUGAUUGAUGACUUUAGUAACAAAGGUAGUGUGAAGAUUGUUUUCAUUUCUUCAUCAAACACUCUACAUAGCAUGUGUAACUAUGUGCGGGUGGUGGAGGUGUGGUGGGAUGAGUAUAAAGACUAUUUCUACGCAAGUCGACCUGAGACACUGACGCUGGCCUACGGAGACACCAGCAGCUUGAAAAAGUUCAGAGAGGAACAUCGCUGCAAGAGCUUCAAGUGGUUCAUGGAAGAGAUUGCCUAUGACAUCCCUCUGCAUUACCCACUGCCUCCAAAGAAUGUGGAAUGGGGAGAGAUCCGUGGGUUUGAGACCAGCUACUGCAUCGACAGCAUGGGCCACACCAAUGGUGGCAAUGUCGAAAUUGGGCCUUGUCAUAGAAUGGGUGGAAAUCAGCUCUUUAGAAUUAAUGAAGCAAACCAGCUCAUGCAGUAUGACCAGUGCCUGACAAAGGGGGGAGACGGAACUGCUGUCAUCAUAACACACUGCAACCUAAACGAGCACACGGAGUGGAGAUAUUUUAAGGAUCUACAUCGAUUCACACAUAUACCUACAGGGAAAUGCUUGGAUCGCUCUGACGUCUUGCACAAAGUUUAUAUAGCUGACUGUGACAACAGCAAGAGCUCGCAGAAGUGGGAGAUGAACAACAUUGUGGCAGUUUGAGAGCCAGGCUCAAAUGUGCUUCAAGGAUAAACACUGACUACAGCAACAGGUUUUACCAGUAUAAAUGUGACUAAUUAGGUUUUAGUCAUCACCUGAAUAACUGAACUCUGAUCAUAAACAUAAACUUUUUUUCUCCAUUGAAGACAAUGUUUACAUCGGUUCAUCCCCAGUGUCCAUCGCAUGGGUUUUUCUUUGGAAUCUGUGGAUUGGAGGGGUCUACCUAACAGAAUGUUUUUCCCUUUCACAGAAUGUGCACAAUGUGUGCUGAGAUGAAUUAUCUAAUACCACUUUUGUUGCUGCUCCAUUAUAAAAUACAGGUUGUCCAUCAAGUACUGGGAUGCAUAUUUUUUUAAUACUGGACCUUCAUUAUGUUUGAGAUGACAACCUGCAACUUGAACUAUUUUGGUCUUUGGCACAAUGGCACAUUUUAUUUUUUGCCAUAUACUAUGGGUAAAGAAUGGGAGUGGAGAGAAAUGGGGAUAUAAGGUCAACAAUGAGGGGGAAAAAAAAUGAUACAUUUAUUUUUGUCUACUGCAUUAAAAAGUUUGAUUGGUUGGGGGAAUAGAUGUGUAUUUGUAUGUGAAAAUCAACGUUUGAUUAUACUAUUCAUGGCCAAAAAUCAUCUCGAGCAAAUGGAGCAAAGUUAUGUUUUAAGAGCAAGAAUGAUUGCAAUGUGUAAAUUUUUGUUUUUGUACAAUGUAAAUAUGAUUAUUUCUAAAUUAACCUUUUGAGAUAUGCUGGCCUUCCCAAUGAAGGUGUAAAUAUCUAACUUAUAAUGGUUGUUUUCUCAAGAAAAUAAAUGGAAAAUUUUUACUAGUCUGCUGCUGUAUGAAAGUCUGUUUGUAGCAGGUUAAAUAUUUCAACCAUUUAGAUGAUCAUGAGGAUUACAUUUUUGUAGGCUGUUGAGAAUGUUGUUGGCACUUUCCAUAAAUAGGGUAUCCCAUUGGUUGCCGUUUUUUUAAGAAGCAUAAAUUACAUCUUUUCUGUAGCAAAAUUAUGUUAAUUAAAUUUAAUAUGGAACCAUGAAAAGUAGGCCAUUUAAGCAUGUUUAAUACUGAAGCCAUGCCAUCGUUUCUGAACUACAGAGUUGUUCCAAAUUGUGUCCAAAAGAGUUGCAUAUCUCAAAUUUUAAGAAGCUAAACAGGUUAUAAUUAGGUCAACGUUUGGUUUUCAGAGUUGCUGACAUAAAGAACCACCUCCCUUUAUUGAGAAAAAUGUCAUGCUAUUUUGUACUCCAUUCUUGGAAAGUGCCUACUAAAAAAAAUGGAGAUGAUCCCAAGCAUUUGAAUAAUUACAAUAGACUGUGUGCUGCUUAGGUUGUUCAAGGCAGUAGACUGAGCGCGUGCAGGAAAAGCAUCAGCUGUGCAGCAGUCUGUUGGAUGCAAGUGAGCAGAUGUCAUGUGUAUGAUACACGGCACACCUUAUUGUGACUGCAUAUAACAAUAUACCCAACCUGUAUAUAGGACCACUUGUCACUUGGCCAAGCAAAAGCCGAACAUAAAUCAUGUACUCAAAUCUAACUCAGAUUAUAGAUGAGGUUGCAUGUGCAUUUACGCCUCUUAUUUUUAAGAUCAAGUCAUUCAUUUGAGAAAUUAGUAUUUGCCUUUUCAAUAGGUCAACCAAAUGGC